AUGGCGAUGAUGAUGGCUGGCCGUGUGCUGCUGGUGUGUGCCCUCUGCGUGCUGUGGUGUGGUGCCGGCGGUUGCGCUGAGAAUGAUGGUGGUGUUGCUGGUUCUCUUGAGGAACGUGGUAUUGCCAAGGACGAUGAAAUUUCGAAAGGUUUAUCUUCUUCAGGCCCGAUAUUGCAAGAGGGACAAGACCAAAGAGCAGCAGCAUCAGGAGGUGGAGGAGAAGGAGGAGGAGGAUCUACAGAUUCACUGGGAGUGAAGGAUGCUUCGUUCUCAGAGAAGGGUAAAAAAAUCCCACAAAAACAGGAGGUGAAAGUAGGUUCCCAUCCAAACCAACCAACUGGGGAUGAAUAUGGAAGUAAUGACUUGACGGAAGUUGGGGCUGACACGAGAAAUCAAACACCACCAAAAUCGACAACACAAUCACCGACAGGGCUUCCUCCUCCUCCUCCUCCUCCUCUUCCAGAAGAAGCAGCAGAAGAAGCAGAGGAGGAUCCGAAUAAUUCAGUCGAGCACCAUCCUGGAGAAGAUCAACAGCUUCUACAAGAAGAAGUAACGGAACAUGGACAGAAUAACCAGAACCAACUAAUACAAAAACAACACGACUCCAAACAACUUCAAAUGCAACCAGAAACUGAUGAAGAAAAAAAACGAUUAGAAGAACAACGACAACAUCAAGAAGAACUACGAGAUCAGCAACAAAAACAAAAAGAACAACACGAAGAAAACAUAAAAGAAGAAAAAGGACAAGAGCAACAACAAGAACAACAGCAUGAAAAUCAGCAACAAAAAGAUGAAAUAAAAGAUCAACAAGAUCAACAGCAUGAACAUUCCGCGGAAAAAGAAGAGGAAUCCAUAAAGGAUAAAAACGCCGUCGGUACAAAUUCCACCGCAAAUACAGAAGACAGUGACGGCAGCACCGCUGUCUCCCACACCACCUCCCCACUUUUGUUUCUUCUUCUUGUUCUUGUUGCGGCUGCUGCUGCGGUGGUGGCCGCGUGA